GGCAGAAGAUAUAGCGGGAGAAGAAGAGACGUAUGUGAGGGUUGAUCAGCAGUGUAAGGAGGAGGAGAUCCCUACAGAUAUCAGCACAGCAGAUGGACACACAAGCAGGAAUAUCUCAUAAGGACAUCUAAUGUUAUCUCCGGAUUGUGACAUUAAAGAUAAUGACAGUAUACAGGAUUCUCCAGGAGAUAACCCCAUUACCCGAAUUAUACAUCCAGCUCUAUCAGCUGAUCCCCCUGAUCCUGGGAAAUGUUCUCCUGAUCACUCUGAUAUUGUUGCAUCUGUUACAGCUCUGACAGUAGAUAUAGAGUUUCCCUGUUCUAUAGAUGCAAAAUGUAUUACACAGAACACAAAGCCUAUUACCCAUCAGCCAGCUAAGGCAGGUGAGAGGCCAUUUCCAUGUUCUGAGUGUGGGAACUGUUUUGCAUACAAAUCACAUCUUGUUAUACAUCAGAGAAGUCACACAGGUGAGAGGCCAUAUUCCUGUUCUGAGUGUGGGAAAUGUUUCGCACACACAUCAUCUCUUGUUACACAUCAGAGAAGUCACACAGGUGAGAAGCCAUAUUCCUGUUCUGAGUGUGGGAAAUGUUUCUCACAGACAUCAGCUCUUGUUACACAUCAGAGAAGUCACACAGGUGAGAAGCCAUAUUCCUGUUCUGAGUGUGGGAAAUGUUUCGCACACACAUCAGGUCUUGUUACACAUCAGAGAAGUCACACAGGUGAGAAGCCAUAUUCCUGUUCUGAGUGUGGGAAAUGUUUCUCACAGACAUCAGCUCUUGUUACACAUCAGAGAAGUCACACAGGUGAGAAGCCAUAUUCCUGUUCUGAGUGUGGGAAAUGUUUCGCACAGACAUCAGCUCUUGUUACACAUCAGAGAAGUCACACAGGUGAGAAGCCGUACUCCUGUUCUGAGUGUGGGAAAUGUUUUGCAUACAAAUCACUUUUAGUUUUUCAUCAGCGUGCUCACACAGGUGAGAGGCCAUUUUCCUGUUCUGAUUGUGGGAAAUGUUUUGCAUCGAAAUCAGAUCUUGUUCCACAUCAGAGAAGUCACACAGGUGAGAAGCCGUAUUCCUGUUCUGAGUGUGGUCAAUGUUUUGCACAGAAAUCGGCUCUUGUUAGACAUGAGAGAAGACACACAGGUGAGAAGUCAUUUUCCUGUUCCGAGUGUGGGAAAUGUUUUGCACAGAAAUCGGAUCUUGUUCCACAUCAGAGAAGUCACACAGGUGAGAAGCCGUAUUCCUGUUCUGAGUGUGGAAAAUGUUUUGUACGGAAAUCAAUUCUUGUUAAACAUCAGCGAUUUCACAGGGUAGAACGUCUGUCUGAUAUUAAAACAGAAAAUAUAGAGGGAGAAGAAGAGAAGUAUCUAACUGUUAUAAAGGCAGAAGAUACAGAUGAAGAAGAGAUGUAUCUAACUGUUAUAAAGGUAGAAGAUACAGAGGAAGAAGAAGAGACGUAUGUGAGGGGAGAUCAGCAGUGUAAGGAGGAGGAGAUCCCUACAGAUAUCACCACAGAUUCUCUCCCUCUGCGGCUGGUUCCCUCUCGUGAACAAUGCAGCCAGUCCUCCCAAGAAUGUUCUCCUGAUCACUCUGAUAUUGGUGCAUCUGUUACAGCUCUGAGAGUAGAUACAGUGUUUCCCUGUUCUGUUGAUGCCAAAUGUUUUACACAGAACACAAAACUUAUUACCCAUCAGCCAGCUAAGGCAGGUGAGAGGCCAUUUCCAUGUUCUGAGUGUGGGAAAUGUUUUACACAGAAAUCAGGUCUUGUUACACAUCAGAGAAGACACACAGGUGAUAGGCCAUUUCCAUGCUCUGAGUGUGGGAAAUGUUUUAUCUGGAAAUCAGAACUUGUUAAACAUCAGCGAAGUCACACAGGUGAGAAUCCAUUUCCAUGUUCUGAGUGUGGGAAAUGUUUUACAUACAAAUCACAUCUUGUUAUACAUCAGAGAAGGCACACAGGUGAGAGGCCAUUUUCUUGCUCUGAGUGCGGGAAAUGUUUUACCUGGAAAUCACAACUUGUUACACAUCAGCGAAGUCACACAGGUGAGAAUCUAUUUCCAUGUUCUGAGUGUGGGAGAUGUUUUACAAUCAAAUCAUGUCUUGUAAAACAUAAGAGAAUACAUACUGGUGAGAAACCAUAUUCCUGUUCUGAGUGUGGGAAAUGGUUUACAUACAAAACUACUCUUGAUGCACAUAAGAGAAGUCACACAGGUACAUCACCAUUUCCAUGUUCUGAGUGUGGGAAAUAUUUUGCACAGAAAUCACAACUUGCUAGACAUCAGAGAAGUCACACAGGUGAGAGGCCAUUUCCAUGUUCUGACUGUGGAAAAUGUUUUGCACGGAAAUCACACCUUGUUACACAUCAGCAAAGUCACACAGGUCAGAAGCCAUUUCCAUGUCCUGAGUGUGGGAAAUGGUUUGCACAGAAAUCAGGUCUUGUUAAACAUCAGAGAAGUCACACAGGUGAGAAGCCAUUUCCAUGUCCUGAGUGUGGGAAAUGUUUUGCACGGAAAUCAGAUCUUGUUAUACAUAACAGAAGUCACACAGGGGAGAAUCCAAUUUCUUGCUCUGUGUGUGGGAAAUUGUUUGCACAGAAAUCAGAUCUUGUUAAACAUCAGAGAAGUCACACAGGUGAGAAGCCUUUUUCUUGCUCUGAGUGCGCAAAAUGUUAUACUCGGAAAUCACAUCUUAUUAUACAUAUGAGAAGUCACACAGGUGAGAGGCCGUUUCCAUGUUCUGAGUGUGAGAAAUGUUUUGCACACAAAUCAGAUCUUGUUAUACAUAACAGAAGUCACACAGGGGAGUAUCCAAUUUCUUGCUCUGAGUGUGGGAAAUGUUUUAAACGGAAAUCAGAACUUGUUAUACAUCAAAGAAGUCACACAGGUGAGAAGCCAUUUCCAUGUUCUGAGUGUGAGAAAUGUUUUGCACUCAAAUCAACUCUUGUUAGACAUCAGCAAAGUCACACAGGUGAGAAGCCAUUUUCUUGCACUGAGUGUGGGAAAUGUUUUGCACACAAAUCACAUCUUGUUAGACAUCACAAAAGUCACACAGGUGAGAGGCCAUUUCUUUACUCUGAGAAAUAAAUCAGCUCUUGUUGCACACAAUAGACCACUCAGGUGAGGAGCCAUUUUAAUCUUCUGGAGUAUCGUUAUCAUUGCCAUGCAUUGUUCUUCAAGGUUCUUAUCCUAUCUCCUAUGCUUUUUGCAAUAUACAUGCUACCGCAGGGUGAAAUAAUCAGAUGCCAUGUCCUCAUCUACCACUGCUAUGCAGAUGACCUGUCUCUUGCUCCGGGUAACCCAGUACCAAUCCUAAAUGGUUGUGUAGCUGAGCUCCAGGUGUGGGUGAUGCCAGUUGGCUGUGAUUCAGUUCUGGUGAAACAUGUCCUUCUGAUAGAAGCUCACCAACAAAGGGCAGGGCUACAGCUCAGCUUUGUUACCAACCAGACUUAUGCUUGUGUGUUCAGAGUUACAAAAUGCUGAUCAUGUGCGGAAUAUUGGUGUCCUGGAAGGCGGAGUGACACUUAGACAUCAGUUAUCAGCCACAAUCAGAUCCUCAUCUGAGGAACAUAGCCAGACUCCAGCACUUAUUUCCCUCAGAAGAUCUACCUACAGUCAUACAUGCACUUGUAUCAUCACACAUAGACUACUGCAAUGUGCU